AAGACUGCAGCAGCACCAACAGGAUGCUUAAUCGCGUCUUGUUUUUCGUGCAGUUUCUUUGCUGCUCACGCGGAAUCUUCAAUGCUGGCCUUUCCUCGAGGUGCUUCGAAGUGGAUGCGUCCGUUGACCCUGCGCUGCAUUUGAAGCUACAGCCUGUGCCCGCGUAUGAUGGUCUACCUCCGAACUGCCCUGUCACCUCCCCGUGUGACAGCUUUGGCAAGUGCGAUAGUGGUCCUAUCGUCGCGCCAUAUGGUUCCAACUUACAUGUUACGUCAUCGGACGGCCCAAUAGGAGCAUGCUGUUUGUCAAUGACGUCAUCGACACAACGCUUAAAAGUCCCGGACCCGGCUUCCCUCGUCAGUGGGCAAGACUGCAGCAGCACCAACAGGAUGCUUAAUCGCGUCUUGUUUUUCGUGCAGGUACGUUACUUUAAACACGCUCAUUGUUUGAGAUCAGAUGAUCGUUGUUUGCUGCUGCUCUCUUGCCCACAGAGCUUUUUGUCUUGUUUUAUGCAUGCACUGUUCUGCGCAAAUCGGCUUGUCCUUAGCGGUGAUGUUGAAUUAAAUCCCGGUCCCACGAGAAAGACUAAUCGUAACACCGGUAAUUCAGACGAAACUUCGUGUUCAUCUGCUGAACCUGAUAAUGACAUGAACAAUAUUUCCGGAAUGCUGACAGAACUAUUGGCUGGGCAAAAAACGAUUGCUCGUGACAUCGCUGACAUCAAGGUUUUUCAGCAAGCUGUUAACAAGCGUUUUGACGCUCUGGAAUCCCGUGUGGCCGCUCUCGAAAAAACUAGCGCUGAUCCUAGAGUCUCACUUGACCAUUCCGGUUCUGACGUACGCUCUUUAUCUCGGGCCGUUUCGGAACUAAUUAAAAAGAAUGAUGACCUUGAAAAUCGCUCGAGACGCAACAAUAUAAUUUUGCAUGGACUAGGUGAACACAAUGCCGAAAACACAGAUACCCUUUUGUCUAAUGUACACAAAGUUUUCACAGAGAAACUUCAAAUUGAAUGCCCGCCCAUCGAACGUUGUCACAGAAUUGGCACCAAACGUGAAGGUAGAUCGCGCCCAGUUAUAUUACGAGUACUAGACUUUCGGAACAAAGUAGAAAUAAUGAAAAUUGUCUCAAAGCUGAAAGGAACAAAAUUUUACAUAACUGAAGAUUACUCUGCUAAUGUACGUGCCAUUCGCAAAAAGCUAUGGGCAGCAACCUCUUCUUUUCGUGACCAUGGCUCUAUGGUGAGGUUGCGUUAUGACCAUGUCUUUAUAAAUGGUGUCCGCUACAGGUGGAAUGAUGCAGCUAAUGCCCUAGUUGACGAUUCAGGUCUCGCUGUAAACACAGUAGUGAAUAAUUCCAGCCCUUCUGACAACACUCUCCCGGCCACGUCAUCUUCACCUUGA